CCCGCGCUGCCAUGUUGUUUGGAGGCGGCUCCGGAUGGUGGGGGCCCGGGCUCGGAGGUGAAACAAAAGCAGCGGAAGGAUCUCCCCCCAUCCCCCCGCGGCCCAGGCUCAGGCCCCGGCCUAAAACCACCCCUCAAGCCCGGCUGUCCGUGGGGCCUCAGCAUCGGGCUGCCAGAGUCAAGCGAGGCGGGGAGUGCGCUGCUUAUUAAAAAAAAUCUCGAGUGCCUUUCCCUUCAUUAUUUAUUUCUGUGGGGUGGGGGGGUGUGGAGGUUUUUAUAAUCCCGUUGUUGUUGUUCCCUGUUUGUCGCUGAGUGAGUGAGUGACCGAGCAGGCGGUCGGGCUGCCAUGGAAAGAGCUGCCGAGCAGGCCUGGAACAGCUACACCUACCAGGUGAGCCAGCACAGUGCCGACAUGUUGAAGAAACUCAACGGCCAGAGGAAGAACGGCGGCCGCUUCUGCGAUGUGGUGCUGCGGGUAGGCGACGAGAGCUUCCCGGCUCACAAGGCCGUGCUGGCCGCUUGCAGCGACUACUUUGAGUCAGUGUUCGGGUCGGCGGCGGCGGACGAGGCGGCGGGCCGCGAGCUGGAGAUGCACACUAUCAGCGCCAAGGUCUUCAGGGACAUCCUGGACUUCGCCUACACCUCCCGCAUCGUGGUCAGGUUGGAGAGCUUCCCCGAGCUUAUGACAGCUGCCAAGUUCUUGCUGAUGAGGUCCAUCAUCGAGAUCUGCCAGGAGGUCAUCAAACAGUCCAAUGUCCAGAUCAUGGUGCCCCCAGCCCGAGGGGACAUGAUGCUCUUUCGCCCCGCUGCCAAUGUGGACUUCGGCUUUACCCUGGAUCUUGCAGCUGCUACUUGUGCCAAUGGCAACUUUGUGGGUGAGAAUGGGCACCUGUUGGGGGCUGGUGAGGUCAAGGUGGGCAGCCCUGGUGCCCCUGCAGCUAGUCUGCCCUCCCUGCCUGGCUCAUUGCCUGCUGUGGAUGGUUUGGUGACCUCUCCUGCUGCGCCCACCCUUGUGGCUGGUCAGUUCCAGGCCCCUGUGAACUCGGUGAACACCGAUCAUGCCAAGGUUGUAAAGAGGGGACGCGGGCGGCCUCGGAAAUCCUCUUUGCUGGACCUGCCACUGCUGACAGCCCCUUUGGCCAUGAGGGAUGAGGGUUUUUACCCCUGCAGUUUCUGUGGGAAAGUAUUCAAGAAUGCAAAUCGCCUGUUGCUCCAUGAGGCUCAACAUACUGGGCUGAGUGUGGAGCUGGGGUCAGGGGAAAAUCAACUUCCAGGACUCAGUGACAGUCUCCUGGCAUCUUCAAGUGGCCUCGAUCUUCCCCGUAAAAGAGGGAGAAUGCGGAAGAACGUGGCCUGUGAACUCUGUGGCAAAGCUUUCAGGGACGUUUACCACUUGAAUCGGCACAAACUGUCGCAUUCGGGGGAAAAGCCAUUUGAGUGUCCCAUCUGCCACCAGCGAUUCAAGCGAAAGGACCGGAUGACUUACCAUAUUCGGUCUCAUGAUGGAGCGGUGGGCAAACCUUACAUUUGCAUCAGCUGUGGAAAGGGUUUUUCCAGACCGGACCACUUGAAUGGCCACAUCAAACAAGUUCAUACUGCAGAGAGACCCUUUAAAUGUCAGACCUGCGAAGCUUCCUUUGCGACCAAAGACCGCCUGCGUUCUCACUUGACAUGCCAUGAGGAGAAAGUCCCCUGUCAGGUGUGUGGGAAAUAUCUACGUGCAGCUUAUAUGACUGAUCAUGUCAAAAAGCAUAAUGAAGGACCAAAUAACAUCUGCAACAUCUGUAACAAAGGUUUUUCUACUGCUUCCUACUUAAGGGUCCAUAUUAAAACCCACCAUGGUGUCCCUCUGCCCAACUCGCACACCUCUGACCCUUGUGAAAGGCGAUGCAAGCCCCAGCCUCAGAUCACGAUUCACAAGCAAACACAGAGCGGGGAGAUGGCUUUUCACUUUGACAGAACACGCUCGUUACAAGAUGGUGAGAUGGAUGGAUUGAAGUGUCAGCAUCAGGACUCACAGGAAAACUCUGACUCCUUUGGUGAUCUCUCUGACAUCAGUGACCUUAAGUCGCCUCUGAAACAUGACCAGGAUGAGUCUUUUCAAUGUGAUCUCAACAACGGAAAAGUGAAAAUGGAGGCCAGUGCCGAGCAGUACGCUGAACCGAAGAAAUACAACUGUCCAGAGUGUGGCUCAGUAUUUAAAUCCAAGUCCUAUCUGAACAAGCAUAUGCUAAAGGUCCAUGUAAAACCCACUGCAGGUGCGCUGGCUGACUUGCCCAGUGGCCUAAGCUCACCCUUUUCACCCCAGCAAAACAUGUCCCUCUUGGAGUCCUUUGGGUUUCAGAUUGUACAGAAUGCAUUUGGCUCUUCUUUGGCUGAUCCUGAUCCUGGCCCAGAGCCUGAACCGAGCACUGAGGACUCUGCUGAGCAGAAGUGAGGUCUCGUCCAGGAACAGCUUCUCAAAGUACAAAAGAUGGUCGGCGUUUGGUGAAUGGCAGUGCUUAGAUUGUCCAAGUUUUUUUUUUUAAAUGACAUCAAAAGCAAAACAAUGGGUGCUGAGGUCUGUACCAUCCUGGCCAUCAGACUUGGUGUUCUCCUUGACAUUGUCUUGGGUUGAAGACAGUUCCUUGCCCUUUUAUAGAAGGUGUCAAUUGCUCCACAAGUUGGAUGCAGCAGGUGUAUUUGUAGCACUCUCAGUGUGCGAAUUGGGAGUUAUCUCCAGCAGCUAAUUAUUUCCAAAGAACUGCUUUCACAGAUGGUUGCAUUGUGUCCUUUUGGCAGACAUACCCUAUAGCAGCGAACAUGUCUGCCAAAUUAAAUUAAUAAUUGGUAGAGCAGGUUCAAGAGGCCAAAUGACUCACUCCUGCUCCUGUUUCUUAUGUUUUAAAAUUCUAAAAUUAUACACUAAGAAGUCUUUUAACUUUGAAAACUACAGUAUGGAAUGACUUAUAUACAGGUGUUAAGAUCGGUUUCGUCUAAAAAUUAAGUUCUUUAAAGAACGUAUAACUGAAAAACCCAAAAAGGAACAGUUCACUCACAAGGCAUUGAUUGUUGUUGGGUGCCCUCUUUAAUUAUAUGCACAAGUCACAGAACUGUCGAGUUCUUUUAUGGAUAGCAUGUGGCUAUUUGAGUCACCCAUGUGCUAGAAUGAUGAGGGACAGUACAUUAAUGUCUUAAAGGGUAUUACCAAGCACCAAACUGCUGAACGCAAUACAUAUGGCAAAAUCAUGUGUUUGCAUCAAAUAUUGCGGUUUGGGACUUGUAACUAAACUGUAAAAACCAACAGAUGUUAUGAUUUCAGUACAGGAAAUAUUUGUAAACGUAUCUACAAUUACGCACGCACAAAGAUGAGACAACAUUCUAGUUAACCUUUAGAGCAGACACACUGUCAAUUUCCAAAGUGAAUUCUAUCUGCAGUCUUCAGCUGCUGGUAGAGAGAAAUCCCACAACUCUUUACCAGCAUUUACCCUUAUUCAAGGCCCUAAUUUUUAGAAAUUUGAAUUUUUUUUUAAAAGCUUGUGUGCUUUUUUUCCCUCCACUAAAAGCACAAGAUGGUUCAUGGACAUGCAAAAAUCCCUUCCAUCUAAUCCCGUUUUUUAAUGUAAACCAUGUUGUUAGUUGCUGAAGGUAUCACUUCCCUGUGCAUUUUAACCAUUAGUGUUGCCUCCUUUGGCACCAAAUGCUGGCAGGCUUUCAGCUCUUCAGAACAGUGAAUAACUGCACACAGCAAUAGGAUGAAAGCAUUCUCUUGCCAAAUUUAUAUUAAGGAGAUGUACUUUUUUUUUAAAUAGAAAAAGGAACCUGUGAUAGCAGCUAGAUAUUAACAAAGUGUUUUGUGUACAGAUUAUGUGAAACUUGAAGUUUGCUUUUGAAGGCUUCAAGAUAGAAUGAAAACCACAUGGAACAGUAAAAAGGCUUUUCUUGUGAGGGUCAAGUCUUUGAAGUCCAAAGGGACAAGUGCACCAGAUCUUCAGUUCGUUAAUGAACCAUUACAUGGGGCCCUUGAUUUUUAUUAAUGUUUAUUUAUCAACUAGGAAUGAAGUUGAAGUUGAGCAAUAUGAUUUUAUUAAUAUGAUGAUGCCAUGCAAUGUCAUUUCCACCCAUGGUGCACAUUUAAAAAAAAAUAAGGUGAUUAAGCUUUGAAAGUGCAGUUUGAUCAGCAUAGCAGAAGCUAAAAGAAAAGAAUGUUCAGUAAUUAACAGGAUUAACGAACAUGAGAUUAACCAUUAUCUUUACAAUAAAAUGAUAGUAAAUACCAAUUAGUAUUCAGAUUUCAUCUGACCCUAAAUGAAGCUGGAAAUUGCAUUUUCUGUGCAUGGUACAGUUGUAAUAUUCAGAUUGCUGACUCUAAUCAGAAUGGUAAUUUUGAAUCUAGAAGUUGCCUGUCAGAUGUAGCUGUUGGGUGCUGCUGUACAUUCCUGGCAGGCUAGGAGGUGGCUGUGCAGUAGUCAAGUAAUUUGUCAGGGGAACGAGGGGGAAAGUGGAUAGAUGACCUUAAAUUCUGUUAUUGAUGUCCUAUUGUCACUGUUUUUUGACUUAGCAUAGCACCUGAAAGGAACAACCGUAACACAGCAAUCUGGGUGAGUGAGAGAGAGAGAGAAGAAAAAUAUAUGUUUUUAUUUGUAAACAAAAAUACUCUUAUUUACAAGUCUUUUCAGUCACCAGAACCAGCAUUUAAACUAAAUCUAUGUUUGGGUCAGUGAUAUGCUUGAGAUGCCUAUUGAGCUUUGAUGUAGGAGACCACAUAGGUUUUCAAAGGAUCUAGGCCUAUGUAAUUUACCUCCAUUCAACAGUAGGGACAGCUGAAUCUGCUUCUUAUCCCUUUCGUUUGUGUUUCUAUAAUUGGAUGAGAUGAAAGGUUUUUCAUUGUUAGUCCCCGAUUAAAUUAAAAUUAUGGAUAGUUUGACGGAUGUAGUAAUUUAUGUUUCGUCUUGUUUUAUAUAUAUACAUAUUUGUAUAUUUGGUGAGGUUUUGUACUAGGGAAUAGAAUACUUUUCUACUUGGGUGACACAUUAGUUUGGCACACUUCCUCAGGAUAGUCUAGCACAGACCAUGUGCUGCCACAAAGUGUAUCAAGUGCGAACUUUCCUGUUUCCAUAUCAUCUAUUUUUACAGAUUCUCUGAGUUGUGUUAUUGACUUGUAAUUCAGAGGCAACCCACAGGAACUGGUUGAAUAUGGUGCUAAAUUCCCUUUCGUUUACUGCCUAUACUGCUAUUUCUUCAUUGCAUCUGUUGGGAAUGUGUUAAAGCUAGGUCUCUUGUGCUAGACAUGGACUAUGUGUACAGUACUGACUCUCUCUCUUUUUCCUUCCUUGUCUCAAAAUCCAGAACUUUUGUGCUGAUUAUUAGCAAAUUAUGCUUUAGUUGCCAAUGAAUGAAUGAUGCCCUGAUAAACCCAAAAGUAGUUUCCCAAUAAAUGUCCUGUUCAAGUUAAGAUUUCUGUAGGCUUGAUUACAUUUUAAAAGGCUAACUAUUGUGUAUUUACUUGGUGGAAACUCAAAUAAAGGAACAAAGUCAGAAUGGUAUUGCUUUAACCCUCCAAUACCACCCAUGGGCAUGGUGAGUCAAGUAACUGGACUAGAUUGUAGUAUGGGUGUCGUGGAUGCCUACAAUAGCUCCUGAUUUGGAAUGGGAAAAAUGGACUCAAGUUUCUGUUUCUAACAACUUGGUCAGUGACUUUUGCUUGAGGUGUAUAGGGAGGUCAAAUGUUUAUGGGAUUUUCUUCAAAGCACCAGUAGGUACCCCAGCAAUACUCAUCCACAAUGCUAUGCAAUGACAUGGGCGACACGGUGGCCAGUGGUUAGCACUGCUGCAUCACAGUUCCAGAGACCUGGGUUCAAUUCCGGCCUCGGGCACUUUCUUUGUGGAGUUUGACAUUCGCUCCGUGUCUG